UUCUAUCGGUCAAUAUCAUAAAUCAUUAUUCAAGCAAAUACAGUUAAUGUUUAUCCAUUAACUAAUUAUACAAAAAAAAACGAAACUUAUCUUAGAUGAUUCCAAAUUCCCAAUCAAAGCAAACGUUGAAUACUAUUAUAGAGACAACGGGAUUACACCAACAUCAUUACCACUAAUGAACAUCCAAUCUUGACUUUUUACUCCAUUAACCCUCAACUUGUAUUGCCAUUUGCCACAAACACGCAAAUCACAUGUCCCUCUCCUAAUCACUCUUCCUACUUCUCACCAUAUUAUAUAUUCCUCAAUUUCAAAAUAUUAAUAAAUUAAUAAAUUAUUUAUCUUGCUAUAUAAAAACCCACCACUCCUUCCCCUCUCCACACUUUCAUUUCUCAUUUCUCUUUUCUCUCUAUAAUCUUUCUCUUCCUAAAACCCUUCAAAAACAACCACAAACUCUCACUUCAAUGGAUUCUUCUCAUUCAACUAAUUCACCCAUCACCACCAUCCAUUCAGACAUAAUCCAAUCUCUCAUCCUUUCCCGACUGGACGGCACAUCUCUCACUUCUGCCGCCUCCACCGCUUCCCACCUCAACCGUCUCUGCACCGAACACCACCUCUGGCAAAAAAUCUCCACCGCCACGUGGCCUUCUCUUAAUGAUCCUAUCGCCAAGUCACUCAUCUCCACCUUUCCAUCAUCCCACCGUUCAAUUUUCUCUGACUCAUUCCCCUCCGUCGAUUACUCCUCUUCCUGUGCCUCUCCUUCAAUCUCAACUGUAUCAUCAUCAUCCCUUACGAGAGAAUUAAUCUCCGCUGUAGAUUUAUACUACAAGGGCAAACCUGUCUUUUCGAAAAUCCUACGCACGGACACUCAUAAAGGAUGGUUCUUAUGUUCACCUCUAUGGAUUGAAAUUCUCGAGCCGAACGAAGUUAUUCAGACUUCUAUAAAAUUCGAGCAAAACGACGUCGUGGAGUGGCUUGAAGAAAAUCUAACGUUAAGCUGGAUUAUGAUUGAACCGACACGUAAGCGUUCGGUGAACUUAUCUAGCCGGUUACCGGUAACAGUGAGACGUCACUGGCUGACGGGGGAGCUUGAGGUUUUAUACGCUGUGGUUAUGGGAUUAGUGCAGUGCACGAUAAAGGUCACGUGCUGUGGGAAACCUGGGGGAGAGAUGCACGUGAGGGAGGUGAGUUUUAGUAUGGAGGAUAUGGAUGGAAGACACAUGGUUGGGAGGGAUAGUUUGGUAAUUUUGCAAGGGGCGAUGGAAAAGGGUGAGAGGAAGAAGGUGGAUGUUGAGGAAUCGAAGAAAAGGUUUGAGAAAUUCUAUUUGAUGAAGAGAGAGAGGAGAGAGAGGAGGUUGAGGAGAGAGAAAGCGAUGGAUAUGUUUAUUAUGUUGGUCGCUAUCGUCAUUUUUGCUUUUCUUUUUCGGUUUGUGAGGUUUUGGGUUUGAGUUUGACCCAAAUUAAGUUCACUUUUAUUUUAUUUUAUUUUUUUUCUUUGUUGUACAGGUACGGUUGGAAUAUUAUGAAGCAUAAAAUUUUAUAAAGUUAACAUAGAAAGUAAAAAAAGGAAGUGUUGUAAGAGAAAGGGAACAGCUUACAACAGAACAAUAUACGUGUAUGUAUUACAAAUUAAAGUUUGUUGAUUCAUUUCUUCUUUUCAUUGGUAUAUCAUGUUUAAACAAAAUUAAAAGUAAUAUAUGGUAAAAGAGACAUUGGUCAAUUCGAUAAUUUAGUUUGGAAGUGGAAAUGUUCAUCGGAAUAAUGUGUUGGAUAUCAAUAUGGUUGUGUGGGAAUGAGACGAUUGUGAUGUAAUAUUAGUUGUAUCUAUUCAAAAUAGAUUUUGGAGGUUAUUUUUCUCA